AUGGUUAACACAGAUUGUAGAAAUAUCUCUCACUUCGCCCAAAAUGAAGAAAGAAACACUGAAAAUGUUGUAGCAGCCGAAGAUUCUAGUACAUCGGGAAAGGGCACCUGGCCAAGCCAGAAAAUUAACAAUAGUAGUAAGUUCCCAUUCUAUCUCCAACUUUCCAUGUUUGGUAUUUUAGUUUUGGUGUUACAAUGUUUCAAUGAGAAUACCUUCGGAAAUACUUUUGAGUGUGAAAACAUACUACAAGAAGCAGCCUUGGACUUGGGGGGUAAUCGAAUUUUGGGAGAAUCCUCAAAGGAAGCAAUCACUCCGAAAGAAGUAAAAACAGGAAGCUCUUCCACAAAAAGUGAAGAAGCAAGUAGCAGCUCUGCACAUGUUGAAGAGGUGGAAGACGAAGAUGAUGACAAAGAAAUGUACAGAAAAAUGGCAGAAGAAUCUUAUAAGCAAAAGGUCGAAGAACGGUAUAGAACAAUGUCAGACGAUAUACCUGCACGCGUCCCCGGACCGAGACAAAAUCAGAAUUAUCAAGGUCUACCAAAAUUGUCUGAACAGGAACUUAUACAAUUAUUAAAAAUGUUACCACCACCAGAGGCUAUGCAAAGGAGACCUGGAAUUGUGCCAGGUUCAAAUGCAGAUAGAAGAUUACCAUUUAACAGCCCAGAGCAAAUGUUACAAUUUCUAAAAUCUAUGAAUGAAAGACAAAACAUGAUGGCUGGUAACAACGCCCCUUGUAAUUGUAGUGAAUGUAUAGAAGAAGAUGAAGAAGAUGAAGAAGGCCCUAAAUUCAUUAUAAAAAGUAUAAUUCGUGAUAUAAGUAAUGUAGCUCCAUAUGUUUUUCCUGCCAUCCCCCCACUACUGAUGAUGUUCAUUGGAACCCAAAAAACCUACUUAUUGUUAUAUACCCUAUCUUUAAUACAAGAUGCUUACAAUUUUUUAGAAAGAAUAAAAAAGUAA